AUGCGGACGGAGACGGAGCUGCUGUGGAUGGAGAACCUGACGGCGGCGGCUCCUCUCCAGCAUCCCGUCGUGUUCGAGCUGGAGGGCUUCUACGUGCCGCCGGGUUACGACUCGCUGCUCUUCGUCCUGGCGCUGCUCAGCUACGUGGCGGUUCUGCUGGGCAACGGCCUGGUGGUGAGCAUCAUCGUCCUGGACAAGAGCCUGCACAGACCCAUGUUCGUGAUGGUGUGUAACCUGGUGCUGUGCGACCUGCUGGGGGCCACGGCGGUGCUGCCCCGGGUCAUGGUGCACUUCCUGACGGGGCAGAAGAGGAUCGCCUACUACCCCGCCAUCGCCCAGGCGUUCUCCGUGCACACGUACGGCGUCGCGGCGCAGACGAUCCUGGGCGUGAUGGCCUACGACAGGUACAUCGCGGUGUGCGAGCCGCUCAGGUAUCACGCCAUCAUGACCUCGGCUCGGCUGCACUGCUGCUGCGCUCUGGCCUGGCUGGUGGCACUGCUGCUCAUCGCCGUGCUCUUCGCCUUCCACGUCAACGUCCCGCUGUGUGGCCGGACCAUCCGCCACGUCUACUGCAGCAACCGCUCCAUCCUGAGCCUGGCCUGCACCCCCACCACCGCCAGCAACAUCUACGGUCUGUCCAUGACCUGGACUGUGAGCACAGGGAUCUUCCUCAUCAUCGCGUUCUCCUACAUCAGAAUCCUACAAGCUUCUUUGAAACAAGGCCAAACUGACAGCAACGUUCGCAGUAAAGUCUUCCAGACGUGUGGGUCUCACCUCGUCAUCUACCUGCUCUAUGAAAUCGCCUCAGUGAUCAUAAUCUUGAGCUACAGGUUCCCGUCGGUUUCCCCAAACCUAAAGAAGUUCUUCAGCAUUAUGUUUUUCAUCGUUCCCCCGAUCAUCAACCCCAUCAUCUACGGAUUGGUCAGUAAGGAGCUACGCAGCAGCAUCAUUAAGCAUUUAACCAUGUUCACUAAUAAGAACCUCCAACAGCUGAGCCCGACAUUCAGGGACAUCGCUGGACGUUCUCAGCUGGAGUCCAAUACUAAACGCAUCACCGAAGCUGAGAGCCGCGUUUCGGAGGGAGAAGAUAACAUGGCAACCAUGGAGUCCAAGUUGAAGAGCCUGGAGACUAAAGUCCGCACUCUGGCGGAGAAGAGCCUUGAUAUAGAGGGACGCAGUCGCCGGGAAAAUAUUGUAAUCUUCAACCUCAAAGAAAAUACGGAGGGCCGACAGCCGAUUACAUUUUUUGAGAAGUGGCUGCCUACACUGCUGAGCUUGGAGACCAAGCGCGGCAUCAUUAAAAUUGACCGUGCACACAGAUCCCUUGGCCAGUCGCAGCCCAACCGACCCUGCACAGUGAUCAUCAAGCUGCACAACCUGAGGGACAAGAUGAGGAUCCUGGCUGCUGCGAGGGAGAAAGCACCGCUGACGCAUGAUGGACAGACCAUCUUCAUCCGGCAGGAGCUGGCCAGCGGAGUUAAGGAGAUGAGACGCGCAUUUAACGGAGCCUGUGACCUUUGUAUGAUGUUUUGUUUCAGGCUGAUGGAAAACUACAGUUACAACAGCUUCAUGUUGCAGCUGGAAGGACUAAACGUCCCUGAGGAUUCCACCUACCCCGUCUUCUUCCUCUUCUUCUUCUCCUACCUGUUCAUCAUGGUCGUCAACGUCGGCAUCGUGGUUCUGGUCUUCCUGGAGAAAAACCUCCACCAGCCGAUGUACCUGCUGUUCUGCAACCUGACUCUCAGCGACAUCCUCGGUAACUCCAUCAUGGUUCCUUGGCUGAUGGUUGACAUCCUGCUGCCUCCGUCCAAACGCCUCAUCAGCUACUAUGAGUGUGUGUUCCAGGCGUUCACCACCCACAUGUUCGGCACCACCUCCCACACCGUGCUCAUGAUCAUGGCGUUCGACAGGUACGUGGCCAUCUGCAACCCGCUGCGCUACGCCGCCGUCGUGACCAACAGGAUGGUGCUGAAGCUGACGGCGUCGGCCUGGGGGGUUGCGUUUGUACUGGUAGGGGUUCUGCUCGGUCUGACCGUCCAGCUGAACCGCUGCUGGUCUCUGAUCACCAACCCGUACUGCGACAACGCCUCGCUGUUCAAACUGUCCUGUGAGAGUGUGUUCAUCAACAACGUGUACGGGCUGACGUUCACCAGGGUUCUGUUCAGCGCCUCCAUCGGCACCAUGGUUCUGACCUACACCAGGAUCACCGUGGUCUGUCUGACCAGCAGGAACAAGUCUUUGAACAGCAAAGCCCUGAAGACCUGCAGCACUCACCUGGUGGUGUAUCUGAUCAUGGUGUUCAAUGGGAUGUCCAUCAUCACCCUGCACCGCUUCCUUCAGUACUCAGAUCACAGGAAACUCUGCACCGUUCUGUUCCACAUCCUUCCUGGCAGCCUGAACCCCAUCAUCUACGGCAUGCAGUCUGCAGAAAUCAAAAAGUUCUUUUCAAAGCUCUUUGAGUCCAAAAAGGUGUUACCAUCAUCAUCCAGUUAGCUGCCAAAGGUCAUUUGUAAAUGUAUAAAUACAAAUAAAAUAUGUGUCCCAAGAGUUA